AUGGCUACCAACGUGGUAGUGAUAGAUUCCACUGCUCGCCGAGCGAUUAUCAAGACGAAUCCUGGCAUGUACCUUAGUGAUGUCCUACAGCAGGCAUCACAGAAACUCGGUAUACCAGAUGCUAGCCAAUAUGGUCUGAGACACAACAACAAGCAGUUAGACUUGUCGAGGUCGAUACGAUUGUCCGGACUUACAUCAGGAGCAAAACUAGAAGCCGUUCAACUAUCGAAAUCAGCUGGUGUGGUCUCUGUUGCGCUGCAGCUACCACAAUCAGAAGCAACAGCAGGACAGGCACGCCUUACCGAUAAGUUUCCUAGCACGACCACACUAUGGCAAGUACUGCGCCAGUUCGAAGCUGGUGCUGCUGGUUCGGGGUCAAAGAGAAACCUGACUGCAAGAGGUGCACCCAGCACUGGAUCUGGCGCAGGAAGACUAUAUUAUGAGCAGCCAGUAUUACAUGUUAUUGGUAGAGAUUUGGCUUCAUUCACAGACCUACAGAAGACGCUCGCGCAACUAGGCCUGAACAACGGAAGCGUGUUAAUAAAGUUGAGCUACAAGAUCAGUGAAGAACCACUUGAAGAUGCUAUGACACAGAUACAAGCAUACUUCAAAGAAGUGGAUCCACAGCCAACUCAAGCCGAAGCCUUAGCACAAAUGAAGGUGGAUGAAGAGGCGGCGAAGAAAGAGCCAGUAAAGCCUGAGUGGUUGGACGAUCACCAAAUGCAGGACGUACAACCUACUACUGGAGGCGAGCCACAGCUUCAAGCAACGGAGAGUACAUCGGAAAGUGUGCCUCCAACGACUACCGUCUCUGAUCGGCCUGUGUCCAUAUAUCGCCCUCCAACAGACUCCGCACCAGUCACCACCUCGUACAAUGAAGCCGACUAUGUCCCUACUGUGGAGCAUGCUCAAAAGCACCAAGAACGAUUGCUGCAAGAGUCGAGGAAUAAAAGACUACCAACAGAUGCCGAAAUUCUAGCUAAGCAGAAAGAGCAGCGCGAACAACUGCAGAAGAUAGAAUCAAUCGAGAUUAAAGUUCGAUUUCCUGAUCAAAGUGCUAUCAGCUGCAAAUUCGGCCAGGACGACACGGCUGCGACACUUUACAGAGUUGUGCGAGAUCACCUGAACGAGAAGCUGAAAUCCGAGCCAUUUGUGUUGAGUCAACCUGGUGUCAGAGACAAAAGUGGUGGUAUACUCUCUGAGAAUGAUCAGAAGUUAAUCAUGCAUCAUCAGUUCAAAGGUCGUGUCCUAGUAGUCUUUGCAUGGGAUGAAGCGAAGGCGUCCGUUGAGGCCCGAGGCAUCAAGCAGGUACUAAAACCAGAAGUUCGUCAGCAAGCUCAGGAGUACGUUCCACCUCAGUUACCCCAACUGGCUGCUGAAUCCGAAGAUUCAGGGACCAAGAUCGAUCUUGGAUCGAAAAAGCAAGAGAAGGAGGAGACAGGUUCGAAGAGCAAAGUGCCUAAAUGGCUCAGAAUGGGCAAGAAGUAG